UCAUAUGGGGUCACAGAAGAGAGAGAGAGAGAGAGAGAGAGAGAAUCGUAAAGUAAUGGCAGUAGCAGUUCGAGCUUAGCUGGACUGCGCGGGAUUACCGGCGGUCAAACCCUCCUCCCCGUCGCCGGAAAUCAGUCCCCCAUCGCCCCCACCCCGACUUCGAUCUCUCUUUCGGGUCGUUCCCCAUUUCUCUUGUCGCCUCGCCUCUUUUCUUUUUCUCCUGGGUAUCUUACAGAGCGGGCGUGCGUGCGUGUGUUUAGAGAGGGUGACGCAGAGAGAGAGAGAGAGAUGGGGAGAGGGUGAUUGAAUAUUAGAAGAGCAGCACCUCCCCCUUGCCCUUUUUGCUUGCGUGCUGCUGCGGAGCAAGAGAAGCGCAUUCGUGUCAGGGAGAGAGAGGGACAGAGAGGGAGAAAUAAAGAUGGAGAUGGAGGUGGGGCGCCGUGCUUGGGAUCAUUGACCAGUCGUUUCUCUCUCUAGAAUUAUUUCAUCUCAAUAUUUUAUUGUUCUUCUUUUUUUUUUGGCCCGUCUCUAACUCUCUCUCUCUCUCCUCCCUUUGUCAACCGAAGGAAAACUGGAGAAAUCUUAGAUAGAGAGUAGGUAGAGAGAGAGAGAGAGAGGGAGCCGCAAAGAAGAUGGGAGAAGCAAGGGGAAGACAGUGACACGGAUUUUCCCACCUACUGCUGCUGCUUCCUUUGGAGGCUGGAAGGGCCUUCGGCUUUCGCUCUUGGGAUUGAGGUAAGCGAGUUCUCUUGAGAAGGCAAAACGCAUUUGGCUUCAGCCCAUGAACGGGUUUCAUUUCAGUUUGCGGUAGAAAAGAAAAAGGGCGUUCCUUUGUUGGGGAGGAAGAAGAAGGACGAGGUGAUGGUGGUUAGAUUGUCAGAUCAAUGCUGUUGGUGAAGCAUGAAGAAGCGUAGGAGUGGAGCGCCGUUGUUGUUCCUCUUGCUACUGGUGUUACUACUGUUUAGCGAGCUGACGAUACAGCAGCAGCAGCCGCUGAGUUCGCCCGCCGAGUUUGCUGCGCUGCUUGGACUCAGAUCUUCGUUAGGAAUUCGAAGCAGGGAGUGGCCCAUAAAGGCGGACCCCUGCUCCUCGUGGCAAGGCGUGAAAUGCGAGAAUGGUAGUGUCGCGGGGAUCAACAUUUCUGGGUUUAGGAGGACUAGAGUUGGGCGCGAGAAUCCGCAAUUCAGUGUCGAUGCGCUCCCCAAUUUCACUCUGUUGACGUCCUUCAACGCCUCCAGUUUCUUUCUCCCUGGCCAAAUACCCAACUGGUUCGGGCAGCGGCUUGGGUCGCUGCAAGUGCUCGAUCUCAGGUCUUGCGGGAUAAUUGGCAUUGUGCCCCCCAGUCUUGGUAACCUGACCAAUCUCACUAGCCUAUAUUUAGCUGAUAAUAGAUUGAAUGGAUCUAUUCCUUCAUCCUUGGCAUCUCUUAAGAAUCUCUCCACUCUUGACAUUUCUUCCAACUCCUUAUCCGGGCUGAUUCCUCUGGGCAUCGGAAACCUCUCGGGCCUUCAGCAUUUGAAUCUUUCGGGCAAUAAAUUGUCUGGUUCAUUACCUGGGCAGCUUGGGGACCUGGGGAAUUUGGUCAACUUGGAUCUCAGUUUCAAUGAUUUAUCUGGGCCGGUGCCAUCGAAUUUUAGAGGACUUAGAAGUUUGCAGAGGAUGUUAUUAGGUAACAAUCUGCUCAGUGGGCCUUUGCCAGAUGACUUGUUUUCUAAUAUCAGUCAGUUGCAGGUUGUUGUCUUGAGAAAUAAUUCCUUCAGUGGUUCUGUUCCCGGAUUGUUGUGGUCAGUGCCAGGACUGGUUCUGCUGGAUAUCUCUAGCAAUAAUUUCACAGAUCUUUUGCCAGACACAGGGUCGAAUCACACUGCUGCAGUGUUGAACAUUUCUCAGAAUAUGUUCUACGGUAAUCUCACACAGCUGUUAAAGGGAUUUAGCCUUAUUGAUCUGUCAGAAAAUUAUUUUGAGGGCAAGAUUCCUGAUUUGGCCGGAACUAAUUUAUCUCUUGGCAACAAUUGCCUCCAAAAUGCAUCCGAUCAAAGAACCGUGGGUGAGUGCACAUCAUUCUAUGCUGAGAAAGGUCUAGUUUUUGAUAAUUUUGGACAGCCACCAGAAACUGGAAAGAAGAGCAAUAGGAAGUUAAUUAUUUUGGUAGGAGUUUUGGGUGGGCUUGGCCUUGUUGCUUUUCUAUUCCUUGCUCUGUUGUUCAUAUGCAUCCGUAAGAGGGGAUCGACGAAUCAGAGGGCUGUUGUCGCUGGGCCAGCUUCAGCUAGUGGAACGCCACUGCCAUCUGGUACAUCAGUUGACUUCUCAAACAUAGGUGAUGCAUAUACAUAUCAGCAGCUGCUCCAAGCCACCAAUGAGUUUAAUGACUCGAACCUUAUUAAACACGGACACUCAGGGGAUCUCUUCAGGGGCAUCCUGGACGGUGGGAUUCCUGUUGUCAUUAAAAAGGUUGACCUACGUUCUAUCAGAAAGGAAGUUUACCCUGUUGAAUUGGAUUUCUUUAGUAAGGUUUCCCAUGGAAGGUUUGUACCAUUUUUGGGACACUGCCUGGAGAGUGAGAAUGAGAAGUUCCUGGUUUACAAAUAUAUGCCCAAUGAAGACUUGGCAAGUUCUUUAUUUAGGAAAACCAGCUCAGAGGACGAUACUUUGCAAUCUCUGGACUGGAUUAAGAGACUAAAGAUCGCAGUAGGAGCUGCAGAGGGUCUAUCUUAUCUUCAUCAUGAAUGUUUGCCCCCUCUCGUGCACAGGGAUGUUCAAGCGAGUAGUAUACUUCUUGAUGAUAAAUAUGAAGUGCGUCUGGGGAGCCUCAGUGAGGUCUCUGCUCAAGGGGAUACUCAUCAAAGCAGAAUCUCUAGGUUACUGCGCUUGCAACAGUCAAUGGAGCAAGGUACAUCUGAUUCUUCAACAGCAAAUUGUGCAUAUGACGUGUAUUGCUUUGGGAAAGUUUUGCUGGAGCUGGUGACGGGUAAGUUGGGUCUCAGCGCUAGCAGUGAUGCUGAAAUGAAGGAGUGGCUGGAAAAAACAUUACCUCAUAUCAACAUAUACGACAAGGAACUGGUCACAAAGAUUGUGGACCCAUUACUUAUCGUGGAUGAGGAUUUGCUGGAGGAAGUGUGGGCCAUGGCGAUCGUAGCGAGAUCCUGCCUCAAUCCGAAGCCAUCCCGGCGUCCACCCAUGAGAUAUGUGUUAAAGGCUUUAGAGAAUCCCCUGAAGAUCGUAAGAGAAGAUAACACGGGCUCAGCAAGGUUGAGGACUACCUCUUCUAGAGGGUCAUGGAACGCUGCUCUGUUCGGUAGCUGGCGGCACAGCUCAUCAGAUGUGGCAGUUAUUCCAGCUUCUUCUGCUGCCAAGGUGGAAGGAACGAGCAGCUUUAAGCAGUCAGCGACCACAGGUUCGCAGGGAAGUAAUCAUAACGGUUCAUCCUCGCACAGACGGCAUUCCAAGGAAAUAUUCCCCGAACCAUCUGAUGUACAGGAUGUAGAGAGACAUGAUCAAGAGUAGAGGGGGAGAGGUUGAUUUUUCUUCAUUAUUCUUUGACAAUAAAAUGCGGGCUUCCCAUUCGAGUGCCCGGUUCUUUCAGCAAAAUGGUCUUGCUUUUUGGAAGGGAUUCCAAGCAAAGCAAUUCUUUAUCUGCUCGGGCAAUCGGCUUGAGAAUCUAAGAGAAUCCUAAGCUGAGGAGCAGAAGUUGCACAGAGAUUGAAUGAAUUCAGUAGUUUAUGGCCAAGCUAAUUUCGAAUGUGUGUGGUUGGAAUUUAGAGGGUGCACCUUUUUCCGAUUGUCGUGAUAGCUUGUUGGCGGGGACAAGGCAACGGGGCUUCGAAUUCGUUCGGUAAUUGUUUAUGGUCUUCUGGUGGUUCUCAAAAUGUAAAUCGUAAUUUUUUGUCCUCAUUUUUAUUUCUGGAGAGGACUUGUUUUUGGUGCAACUCAAGAGUUUUCGGCUUUGGUUGGAAGGAAAGAGGAGGAAUCGAUGGCAUGUUUUUAGUACGCAAAGCGAAGUUAUUCCCUUCAAAAUUAGCGUACGAUUGGAGCGAUGAAAGGCUGUUCAUUGCCGCUCUGUCGUUGACAUGCUUACUCGGCCAAGGGGACCGAGAACGGUUGCAUGAAUCGUGUGGAGUCUUAUAUAGCGUAGUGUAAAAGAGCUUGUUUGGAUCCCCAUGGUCUGCAUUGAUUCUGGUUUUGCGAUGGCGCAUUUGGAAAAUGUGGCCGGUUAUUCCUACGUUUCGAGAGGCGAUCUCGUGUUCGUUUUUGUUUUCUGGCCUUGAUGGUUAAUUAGAAAAUGGGGGGAUUCAUCGUU